UUAUUAAGCUGCGAUCCGCCGACCAGAGCUGACCACCAGAGAUGACCACCUCCGCCGACAGUGUGUUCGUUGCCCGAUCCGAUGGCAUCUCCGCCGAAGGAGUCCGGGACCAGUAUGCCGAUGGCAAGGCCGCCAAGGUGUGGGAGAUCUUCAUCGGGGACAAGAACUCGCGCACGGACAACUACAAGAACUUCCUGAUCGACAUGCUGCGCAACAAGGGAUGCAACCGUGUCCUUGACGUAGCAUGUGGAACGGGUGUGGAUUCCCUGAUGCUUGUGGAGGAGGGCUUUGAGGUUGUGUCCGUGGAUGCCUCUGAUAAGAUGUUAAAGUAUGCCCUUAAGGAACGCUGGGCCCGACGAACGGAACCCGCCUUCGAUAAGUGGGUUAUUGAGGAGGCCAACUGGUUGACUCUGUACGACGACAUCCAGGAUCACAUUCAGGAUGGUUUCGAUGCUGUGAUCUGCCUGGGAAACUCCUUUGCCCAUUUGAUGGACGGUUUCGGGGAUCAGAGGGAACACAAGCAGGCCAUUCGUAAUUUCGAAAAGUGCCUAAAACCAGGAGGCGUUCUGCUCAUCGAUCAUCGUAACUACGACAACAUCCUGGAAACGGGAUCCACGCCUGCCAAGAGUAUUUACUAUAAUACGAGUCACACGGCGGACAUCAAGACGUCCGUGCUCUUCUACUGCGGCAAGCCAUCCCUGGUGUCCAUGGACUACCUAAUCGCUGGCAACAAGCUGACCAGCGAGUUCCGCCUGUCCUACUACCCCCACGAGCUGAAGCGAUUCCGGGAGAUCCUCGGCGAGAUCUUCUCGCAGAAGGCCCAACACCAGUUAUAUGGUGACUUUAAGGAAAUGAGCCAGGUGAAGAAUCCCGCCUUCUACAUCCACCUGAUCGAGAAGCCGCAGAUUUAGGUUUAAGCCAUUAGUUUGUAUUCACAUAAAGCCACAAGACACAUCCAUAUAAAUAUAAAGUUACUUCGAAUCACACAA